AAGCGCAGUCGGACCCGGCAGUUGGGAGUGCAAGUUUGUGCCGGCUGGGAGCCCAGGGAUCAUGGGCAGAUAAGACUCGGCUGCCGAAUCUCAGAGUGACCUCAGAGACCAUCUUAUCCAACCCAUCCUUGGACAGCUGAUACGUAGUGCAUCCUGGGGCCUAUUCAUACAGCCUUUAUAGUGUGGUAGGACCUGCCACAGUUUGCUCUCCACUGGUCUAGCUUCCGAGAUCCCACUGUGCCACAAUGAGGCAUCAGAGCCUGCCUGCCUGGAGCCAGUCAUCAGUAGUGGUCAAUUAGUAAGCAGUUGCUGAGAGGAGCUGGUGGGCACCCCCUGCAGCAAGCCUUAAUAAAACUCUGGCUUCAUAUGACCAAGUGGGCCAUGUUUCUGGGUGCUCAUUAAAGACCAGCAGCCUCCAUUGCCUUCUCUCUCUGGUUAAGAUCUAACAUAGAAGGAAGAGGCAUUUGGUGCCAUUUGUUCCCUUUCAGAAAGAUUUAGGCAAUGGCUACUCCUCCUUUCACCGGGCUCACAGCGGUCGCUGAUGUAAUUAAAGACCUAGACACUCAGAUAGCUUUGAUUGGCCUCGGUCCCCACAAUCCUAAAAAGAAACAGGACCUUGACAAGCUCCAUGAACUGAAGGCCAAAGCCAGGCAGAUUAUGAACCAGUUUGGCCCCUCAGCCUUGAUCAACCUCUCCAACUUUUCAUCUAUAAAACCAGAACCUUCCAGCACGCCCCCUCAGGGGUCUAUGGCCAACAGUACCACAGUGGGAAAGAUGCCAGGCCCCCCAGGGGCAGGGGGGCGUCUUAGUCCAGAAAGCAAUCAGGUUUUGACCAAGAAGAAAUUACAGGACCUGGUUAGAGAAGUAGAUCCCAAUGAACAACUGGAUGAAGACGUAGAGGAGAUGCUACUACAGAUUGCUGAUGACUUCAUUGAGAGUGUAGUGACAGCAGCAUGCCAACUGGCCCGACAUCGAAAGUCUAAUACCUUAGAGGUCAAAGAUGUCCAGCUGCACUUAGAGCGCCAGUGGAACAUGUGGAUCCCAGGUUUUGGUUCAGAAGAAAUAAGGCCCUACAAAAAGGCCUGCACCACAGAGGCCCACAAACAGAGAAUGGCCUUGAUCCGCAAAACCACCAAGAAAUAACCCAUGGGAGGGGCAGGGAGAAGAUGCUGCAUUUGGAGCCCCAGGAGAGGCCUCCACAAUAUAUCGCCAAUGGAGGUUUUUUUUAUGCUUUAAAGAGAAGCAUAUAUAUUUUUAUUAACAAUACAGCAAUAUCUCUAGUGACUGAGGAGACCUGCCAAAAACCCUCGCCAUUCGAUGGUCCCAGCUCCCCUCCCUUGUCCCUGCCCUCUCAGAAAGGAGCGCUGUAGCUCAGCCCAAAGGAGCUUUGAUUUGUGCUUGAUCCUAAGUGGCUGUCCGAGGGACAGAGAGCAUCCUGGUCUUGUUUGGUGCGACAGUAGAGGUUUCUGUUUUCCUUUCCUCCCUGUACUUUGUAACGUCAGUGUUUAUAUGAAUAUGACUUUGAUUUGUUUUUCAAAAAUAAAGAUGUUAUUAAUCUAACAGUGCA